CUGGACAUUAAUUCUUGAUUUUCGGUAGCUCGGCAAAUGGAAUGUAAAUUGAGUAAAGUAGUUUACGAUCGGAUUACUUUGAUCUUGCAAAAGUGAAUGCCGAUUUUUAGACAAAGACAGUGUGGGCGAGACUAUCCGGCCGACACGGUUAUUCUCCACCAAUUUCCUCGAGGACCUUUCGCCCCGAGUAUGUCCCCCUUUUGUAUCAAGAUAGAAACGUAUCUGAGGAUGGCAAAAAUACCGUACCAGUUACAAAAUGGGGCCAAAGGGAAGUCCCCAUGGAUCGAGUACAACGGUGAGACACUUGGAGAUAGCAAGUUGAUUAUGUCCUACAUGGUUGAGAAAUGUGGGAUAAACCUCAGUAUGGGCCUAACAGAGGAACAGAGGGCCAUAGGCCGGGCCUUCCAGACUCUCGUCGAUGAACGCAUGUAUUGGUAAGCACUAAAUCAAUACUUAUUACGUUACGUGUUUCUGUUGACUGUAUAAUACUUGAUAAACAUAAUUAUGUCAAAUCAUCUAUGCGAUACAAAUUGAUACCAUGAAAGUUACAAAUAGUGAAAUCAUCUUAUACACACGUUGUUAAAAUGCUCAAGGCAAGCCCUCAGAAAACACUGAACGAAAGGCACAAAUAAACAAAUACCACACACAGACAGAACACGCAUUGAAAUAUUUUUAUCAAUGAAAAAAUGAGAUUACCGCUAUAACUGUAAGUGAAACUUGCUUUCACUGGAACUCGAGUUUACUGGGGGUUUAAACUAGAUGAUAUAAUCAUAACCUCUCAGUGUCACUCUUCACCUUAUUGAAUGCAGAAAAGCGUUAGAAUUUAUCAUGUUCUAUCCUGUUUCCAAACACCGUUAUUAACUUUAAUAAA